AAAUAUCGAAGGACAUAAACCAUUCUAAUUCUCAUCUUAUCAUUUAUCAGAAACCAGAACUAGAAAAAAAAACAAUGUGUGAUCUUGCAUUGUCCUUUGCUCGCCAUAUCCUUCUUCCAAUGGCGGAUUUAGCCAAUCUGAUAAAAGGCCUCCCAGAAGAAGUUCAGAAAAUGAAAGAUGAACUGGAGAAGAUUCAGACCUUCAUUUAUGAAACAGAUAGAAUGUCUGCAACUGAAGUAGACAAGGAAAGUGUGAAGCAGCUGGUGGAAAGAGCUUUUCGCUUAGAAGACACCAUCGAUGAAUACAUGAUCUGUGAGCAAUGGCAGCCUGCUCAUGAUCUUCCAUUUGCAGCUUUACCCUCUGAGGCUGCUAGCUUCAUCAAAACAAUGAGCCUUCGCGUUCAAAUGGCGUGUAAGAUCAAGUUCUUUAAAUGGCUGCAGAGAAGUGAAAAAGAUGAUGGCUUACAAGUCUCAUCUUCUUCAGAACAAGGACCAAGCACUGGACACCAAGAUGAUGCGGUGAGGCGGUUCAAAGAUGCUGCUCUUCUCCUGAACGAAGUUGAUGUUGUGGGAUUUGAAUCCCCCAAAAAAACAUUGAUUGAUUGGUUGGUGAAUGGAAGAGAAGAGCGGACUGUCAUCUCAGUUGUAGGAAUGGGAGGGCAGGGGAAAACCACCGUUUCCAAGCAAGUGUUCAACGACAAAAAGGCGACUGGGCCAUACCGUGCAUGGGUCACGGUGUCUCAGUCAUACACCGUGGACGGAAUACUGAGGGACAUGUUGCAGGCAUUUUACAAAGAACAACGCCAGUCUCCUCCUAGUGCCAUUUCCACGAUGGAUCGAGUGUCAUUGAUAACUGAAGCACGAAACUACUUGCAAGAAAAGAGGUACAUCGUGUUCUUUGAUGAUGUAUGGAACACACAUUUUUGGGAUGACGUUGAGCAUGCAUUAAUUGAUAAUAAACUUGGAAGUAGGGUGUUCAUCACAACAAGGGAUGGGGAUGUUAUAAAUUUUUGCAAGAAAUCUUCUUUUAUUGAAGUGCUUGAGCUGCAACCUUUAACUAAAAAGAAAUCUCUAAAGCUUUUUUGUAAGAAGGCAUUCUUUGACUUGAAUGAAAAUUGUCCCCCAAAUCUUGUGAAAAUAUGUUCUGAAAUUGUUAACAAAUGCAAUGGUUUACCAUUAGCAAUUGUAGCCAUGGGGGGUGUUUUAGCUGCCAAAAAGAGAGAUGUAUUUGUUUGGGAAGAUUUUAGUAAAUAUCUAAGUUCAGAAUUGGAGAAGGAUCCAAGUUUAAAUGGUAUCAGGAAGAUUUUGGGUAUUAGUUAUGAUGAUUUGCCUCCCUCUCUUAAACCUUGCUUACUAUAUUUUGGAAUGUAUCCCGAAGACUAUGAAGUUAGAUCAAAGAGAGUGAUUAGGAAAUGGAUAGCUGAGGGGUUUGUCAAAGGGGAAAAGGGGGAAUCUUUGGAGAAAGUAGCUGAAGGAUAUUUAUCACAAUUAAUCCAUAGAAACUUGGUGCAAGUAUCUUCAUUCACAGGUGCUGGCAGAGUUAAAGGUUGUCGUGUUCAUGACCUAUUACGUGACAUGAUCCUUAAAAAGUUUGAGGAUUUAAGUUUCUGCCAAUUUAUUCCUGAAGAUGAUAAGUCAGCCUUGAGUGUGAAAAGUCGACGCCUAUCAAUAGAAACCAGUUUCAAUGACUUUAUGGUAAGUACUGAAAGCUCGUACAUCCGUUCACUGCUUUUUUUUAUAGAGGAAGCUUUUCCUAUGGGGAUAAUCCCUACAAAAUACAAGCUAUUGAAGGUACUUGACUUUGAAGAUGUUGGAUUUUAUUGUGGUGCUCCUGAGAAUUUGGGGACUCUAAUCCAUUUGAGGUAUUUGAGCUUCAGGAAUACAGGCAUAAAAAGUCUUCCAGAAUCCAUUGGUAAACUUGAGAACCUAGAGACCUUGGAUCUAAGGGGAACAUAUGUGGAAGUGCUACCAAAAGAGAUAGGUAAGCUUAGAAAGCUAAGACAUUUUCUGUAUACACUUGGUGUCAGUUUUACUGCAUUGAAGGAUAGUGUUGGAGGUAUGACAUCCCUCCAAACGCUACGUGGUGUGAGCUUAUCUGAUGAUGAAGCACUGGAGCUAAUUAUUGAGCUAGAAAAGCUAAGGCAGUUAAGAGUGUUGGGGUUGUACGAGGCUAGGGAAGAACAUGAAGGAGCUCUAUGUUCCUUAUUCAAUAAAAUGCAACACUUGGAGAAACUAUAUAUUUCCAUCAGAUUUGGUGAAUCCAUUGAUUUGAAUUCUACAUCCAUGCCAAUGCUUCGAGUGCUUCAACUUCAGGGGAUGUUACAUAACUUUCCAGAGUGGACUACAGUGCUUCAAAAUCUUGUUAAGUUGACCAUGGUGAACUCGUCCUUAACUGUUGAUACAUUCAAAUCACUACAAAACAUGCCAAACUUGUUGUUCCUCAGUAUCUCAGACUCGUAUGAUGGUGAUACUUUGCAUGUUCAUGAUGGGGGGUUUCCAAAUCUAAAGCAUCUACAACUUGAAUUUUUUUCUGAGUUAGAAUUCUUCCAUAUUGAUAAAGGAGCACUGCCUUCUCUGGAAACUCUUACCUUACGCGGCUUCCCCAUGCUCAACAAGGUACCAAGAGACUUCCAACACUUGAAGAAUCUUAGACGCCUCGAUAUGUUGUUUUGUUCAACUACAAUUGAGGAUUGCCAACAAGGCCAAAUCAUUGAGUAUGUGCCCCGUGUACAAGUUCAUGAUUACGACCUUGAUGACAACCUCUUAAUUCAUCGCUUGAAGUUCGGAAAAGAAGGGAAUCGAAUAUCUCAUCAGCAAUAUGAAUAAUGAGGUAUUGGGCUUCCAGUUCAAUGAAAUGUAGAUUCUCCAUGUGGCCUUCCACAAAAAAUGGCAAUGUGUGUGGUCUAUUUUGAUUCAUACCAUCUAUGGUCUAUGGAGUGGGCUAAUUAAGAACCUGUGCUUUCUCAAUGUCAUUAUUGAGACAGGUUGCUUGAUUCUUUAUCAAGAAUGGAGAUCUGGACGUAGAGCAAGCUCAUGCAUGUCUUCUAUGAUUCGGGAUUGUUUGAUUUUGGCAUCAUAUUUCUCUUCCUGCACUUUAUUUAAUGAAAAAAGGCACUCUAAUAAUGUUGUUGCUGGUUCUUUAGCUAAAUUUGCUUUUUCUGUAAGAGAGCAUAUCUGGAUGGAGGACUACCCACCAUAAGUGGACUUAUUGUAAAAGAAAAGUACUCACUUUGUGGUGGAAGUUUAAUGGAUCCAAAUCCAAGUUUAAUUUCUCUUUUAUGGGUGUUCGAUGUUAAUUUCCAUUCAAUUAUGUCUUUGUAAUUUUGAAUAAGGAAAAAUAACUUUCAUAUGGUUUUCCCAUAUUCUAAUGAUUUAGUGCU